GGCCGCCGGGGCCGGGCUCGGCUCUGUCGGCGGCGAAACACGAGAAACAAGAAAAAAACUCCAGAAACAAACCCGGAGUUUGCCAGUCCCGAUCCAUUGAUGCCGAGGAGCCGAUCGGGUGCCGCUGACUCCGUCUGGCCUCGGCUAUGGACAUCGUCCUGUCGGAUUUUGUUCGCUCAACGGGGGCAGAGCCGGGGCUGGCCAGAGACCUCCUUGAAGGCAAGAACUGGGACGUGAGCGCGGCGCUGAGCGACUUCGAGCAGCUCCGGCAGGUGCACGCCGGGAACCUCCCGCCUUCCUUCAACGAGGGCCGCGGGGCCCGGCCCCCCGAGCGGGAGCUGGCGCGGCCGGGGAGGCCCCCGCUGCAGCGCCAGGAUGACAUCGUGCAAGAGAAGCGCCUGUCCCGAGGCAUUUCCCACGCCAGCUCCACCAUCGUGUCCCUGGCCCGUUCCCACGUCUCCAGCAAUGGCAGCAGCAGUGAGCACCUGCUGGAGAUGCCCAUCUGCACCUUCCAGCUGCCCGACCUCACCGUGUACCCCGAGGACUUCCGCAGCUUCAUCGAGCGGGAUCUUAUCGAGCAGUCCAUGCUGGUAGCACUGGAGCAGGCUGGGCGUCUCAACUGGUGGGUGACGGUGGAUCCCAGCUGCCAGCGGCUCCUGCCCCUGGCCACCACUGGCGACGGGAAUUGCUUGCUCCACGCUGCCUCCCUGGGUAUGUGGGGCUUCCAUGACCGGGAUCUCAUGCUCAGGAAAUCCCUCUACACCCUGAUGGACAAGGGAGCGGAGCGGGAAGCGCUGAGGCGGAGAUGGCGCUGGCAGCAGACGCAGCAGAACAAGGAGUCUGGCCUGGUUUACACGGAGGAGGAGUGGCAGAAGGAGUGGAACGAGCUGAUCAAGUUGGCGUCCAGCGAGCCCCGCGUGCACUACAGCACCAACGGCGGCGGCUGCGGCGGGGUGGAGAGUUCAGAGGAGCCGGUUUACGAGAGCCUGGAGGAGUUCCACGUCUUUGUCCUGGCCCACGUGCUGAAGAGACCCAUCGUGGUGGUGGCAGACACGAUGCUGCGGGACUCGGGCGGCGAAGCGUUUGCCCCAAUUCCCUUUGGAGGGAUCUAUCUUCCCCUGGAAGUCCCAGCCAACAAAUGCCACCGGUCUCCACUGGUUUUGGCUUAUGACCAAGCCCAUUUUUCUGCCCUGGUCUCCAUGGAGCAGAAGGAAAACACAAAAGAUCAAGCUGUGAUCCCCCUGACAGACUCUGAGCACAAGCUGCUCCCCGUGCACUUCGCCGUGGAUCCCGGGAAGGAGUGGCAGUGGGGGAAGGACGACAGUGACAACGUCAAGCUGGCCAGCGUGACGCUGUCACUGGAAGCCAAACUGCACCUGCUGCACAGCUACAUGAAUGUCAGAUGGAUCACGUUGCCUUGUGACACGCAGGCGCCUCUGGCUCAGCCAGAAUCCCCCACGGCCUCCGCGGGUGAUGACGCUCGCUCGGCAGCGGAGUCGGGCGAGUCGGACAAGGAGUCAGUGUGCAGCAGCUCUGCCAGCAACGGGGGCACCAGGGCAGGCAAGGACAGGGAGAAACCAAAGAAAGAGCGGGAAAAGGAGAAGGAAAAGGAUAAAAAACGGGCAGACUCGGUGGCCAACAAGCUGGGAAGCUUCGGGAAGACUCUGGGCAGCAAACUAAAAAAGAACAUGGGGGGCCUGAUGCACAGCAAAGCCGUGAAGGGCGGCGUGAGCAACGGGCAGGGAGACACCCUGGAGAAGAAGAAGAAAGGAUCCCUGAAGGCACGGAAAGACAGCAAAGAGGAAUGUUCCCCGGGAGAAUUAGCUCCUGCUGAGAAGUCGUGUGCAGGUAAAGCAGCCCUGGAGAAGGCGUCGGAUCCCUACAAGUACAGCAGCGACGUGCGGCUGAGCCUGAGCAUCCUGCGCGCGGCCAUGCAGGGCGAGCGCAAGUUCAUCUUCGCCAGCCACCUCAAGACCAGCACCCGGCACCAGUUCCAGGAGGAGAUGAUCCAGAGGUACCUCCUGGAUGCUGAGGAGCGUUUCCUGGCAGAGCAGAGGCAGAAGGAGGCGGAGAAGAAGGCACUGGGCAGCGCUGCCCCGGCCAAGAGGCCAGAAGGGGAGGUGGGCGCCCAGCGGAGCGAGGAGGCGAUGCCAAGCCCCGUGUUCUGCCAGCCACCCCCCACCUACCCCCCCCAGCCCCUGGAGCCGGCCGUGGGUGCUAAACUAGCUGCUUUUCCAGCUGGCUAUUCUGGCGUUUUCACCUUCCCCAGGCCCUCCAUGGGCAGUGCUGAGGGGCUGCACCCACCCGCGUGCCCCGAGGGCCGGCGGCAGCUGGCGGGGGGGCCCUGUGGGAGCCUCCCCCCCUAUGCCACCCUGCCCCGGCACCACCAGGGCCGGCUCGGCCCCUGCCCCCCCGGCCCUGCCCACCUGGGCCGGUUCUCCCCCACGGACAUGGACGUCCAGCCUCCCUUCCCUUCAGAGUGCGAGGGCUCCGGCUGCCUCCCCCCGCACAGCAACGGCUGCCGGGAGUUCCUCGAGCAGGACAAGGGAGGAACAGUGGAUAAAAUGAGAAGCCAAGCCCUCUACAACAUCCAGCAGACCAAGUGCAAACAGCCCAACUGCAGCUUUUAUGGACACCCGGAGACUGGGAAUUUCUGUUCCUGCUGUUACAAGGAAGAGCUGCGGCGCAGGGAGAGGGAGGCACUGGUGCACAGGUUCUGAUGCUCCCCCUGUGUGGAUCCGGACCCCUGGCACGUGGGGAAUGCAAUAACAGAGAUCCAUUUUGGUUUUACGCCCACCCACGCUCCUCUCCCACUCUGCAGGAGGUGGGAGCAGGCCUUGGGCCUGCUGGGAUGGGCUGGGAGUGGCAUGGGGCUGGUGGGAUUGACGGGGUGCAGGAGGGAGAGAGGGGGGGAAAGCAGCCCCUGCUUUCCUGGAGCCCCUGCAGGGGAGGAGAAGGAUUCCCAGGGGUGCCUGGGGACAGUGGGGGCUGCUCGGGUCAGAGCACAGGGUGAGGGGGGAAAAUUCCUCGAAAACUCAAUAAACCAGACCAAAGCUUUGGGAGUGGGCAGGGGGAGCAGCUCCCACCAGGUCCUUCCCACUUCCUGACCACCUGGGACAGAGCAGAAAUGCCCCAUUUUGAGCGUCACAAACCUUUUAAUGGAGUUUUUUAACACUGGUUUUAUUCUGUAUUUCUUCUUGCUGGUACUGAGCGACACCGUGUUGGAGUUGGACAUUGAUGAGGUGAGGUGGGUUGGACACCCCCCACCCAGUCCUGGAUGACUCCGAGCACCAGGACAGGCUCAGGGCUCUGUCCCCUCCUCUCCUCCCUCUCAGAGCUGAACUCUGGUUUUAAAAUGUUGUUUUUAAACUCUUUCUGAGGCGGGGGGUGGGAGCCAGGGGGACUCCCAGAGCUCAAGGGAUUGGAGGUUUCUCUUCCUGUGCAGAACCCCCAGCCCACAGGAGAGCUGAGGCGAGAUCCUGGGUCAGCAUCUCCUGCCAGGAAUUCCCAGUGGCCUGGGGCGAAUCCCCCAGGAAUACCCACUGGAAAAGGGUCCCAGAGCACCCCCAGUCCCGGGGUGGAGCCAGGGGGUCACAGCCCCAUGUAACUCCUACUUGAGCACAGCUACUCUGUACUACCUCUGAUCCUGAUUAACUCGGCUCCGUUGUGCUGAGCCACCAACUGACCUUUAGGCUGCGGAAUUAAUCCAUAUUUUUGAUAACAGGGCUAAAAAGCAGAACAAUAAGGUAAAAUCCUCCCGUGACUAACGUCCCGCGCCGUUCCUGACCCCAUCCCGGCCCCCUGGCUCCCAGGGUGGGAUUCACUUUAGCACUGCGAUGUUUGCACAGAAUUCCUUGGGUUUUUUUUUUUUUUUUGGUAACUGCAGCUCCCAAACCGGGCCUGAUCCUGCACGGAGCGAGGUGCAGCAUUUCCUAUCACACGGAAAUAAAACAGGAGUUCUAUCCUUCAGCCAGAGCUUUACAACAUUCCCUCGUUUCUAUUUUUGGGUUGAUUUUCCAGAAGGCAUCAAACUAUGCAACCCCUUCCUGCCCAUGGCCAUUUCCAGGAGAAGGGAUGAGGCAGAGGAGCUGGAAGUGAGCUCGGGGGAUCACCCGACGCCUUACACUUGGCCCAAAAAAUGUUAAUUUAGACCUAAAACCCCCUGAGGUAAGGCCUUUCCUAGUGGGAUCCCAACACUUUGAGUCCAGCCAGCGAUGCUCCUUGUCCACAGAUAUUCAAAUCCAAAUUUCAGAGACACCCCAGGGAUGCUUUGACUCCAGUGUAAACUGUUUUUCCCUGGUUUUAUAAAAUCCCUGAGCAUGGCUGAAGCUGUGGGAAGGGGAGGGUGUGACACCCACUCCAGCUGGCUCCUCUUACCUCAGAACAAAUUCCAAGUUUCUCCCUCAAACUGCAGGAAUUCAAACAGACUUUAACCCCGGGGCAGGGACAUGCAGUGCUGGUUAAGCAGCCCAGGCUCUGCCCCCCACUUGGUUCACCCCAAAAUUCAAGCUGAGAUGGUUAAAACCCAACCCAAUCCCUUCACUGUUUAUGGGCACUUGGUUUAAAUUCCACUUUCUGAUGUUUAUUUUUCCCCAAACCGGAGCAGCAGCUUUAUUUUGGCGUUGGGAAUAUCCUCUGGCUGUGCCAGAAGCACCGGGAGCAGGGAUGCCCCAGGGCACGGGAGGGCAGGGGGAGGCGAUGCUUCAUCAUCCUCACGUUUUGGGGGAAUUUCUCUCCUGUUUGGUUCUCUCCAUCCCAGUGGAUGCUGCACUUGGGUGGGGAUGGGAAGCCCCCAGACCUGCUCGUUGGUGUUGUGGGAAGGGAGGGAGGGAGAAGGUAGAAAACCUGGAGGAAAAGCACCAGUCCUGGAGGGGAAAACUCCAAAACUGGAGGAGAAGCACCAAACCUGCCCCCAGGAGGGAUUUUUCCACGGGGAUGGGGACGGGGAGACUGUGGUGUGACCCCAAGGUCAAACUAAGUGCACUUACUGGUGUGGUUGGAAUUCAAAUUGCUGCCAUCGGAUCCUGGUGGAGGAAAACUUUGUCUUUCAGCGUGUGUAAAACCCGUUAAUGAGAUUUGAUUUGAUUUUAUUAAACGAGAUUCACCUUCGCCAUUCCCCGGGCCCUCAGCGGAGGAGGCCGGGGCAGCUUUGGGUCUCACUAACGCGACACCGAGUGACCUGAAUUAAUUCUGCAGUGGUUUAUUCACAAAAAAACCCUUUUUUUUUUUUAUUAAUUCCAGAUUAAUUGGUGAUAUUUGGCCUCCUGGUGAACAGGGCCAGAGCGUUGCACUUGGGCUGUACCUGUGGCCUCGUUGUGGCACCACAGACUCAUUGACAAUAAAAACCUUCAGCUGAA